AUGCAGCGCAGGCUGCAGCGAGAGAGACCCUCGCCCCCCCCCCCCCCCCCGGCCUCUCUACGACCCACUCCCCGCACCCCUCCGCCCGCGUCGCAUUCCGCCGCUCGCCGCUUGCGCAACCUCCGUCGCCGCAUUCCAUUCAUAGCGGCGCGCGACUCAAUAAGCCGCCCGCGCCCGCCGCUCGCACGUCGCUUGGCCAUCGCUCAGCCGUCGCUCGGCAAUCGCUCCCAGUACGGCCACCGCCCUCGGCUUCCCGGAACGCGCGGACGGACGAGCGCGCUUUUUCGAAUUUUAGAGCGUUACGCCACAUUUCUUUGUAAAGUUCACGCCGGUCGGCCGGUG